CCUCAGACUCGAUCUGACACCUCCACCCUUGAGAUAUAUACAAUACAUCGACACGUCGCAAAAACCAAAGGACACGCCUUUCCACCAGAGAUUACAAAACUCCAACGAAAUACAACACCAAAACACUUUACAAAAUGGCCGAAGAUCCCCGCGCGCUUCUGCAAAAGGCAGACAAAGCGCUAGCAAGCGCCUCGGGCGGUUUCAGCUUCUUUGGCGGAAAGGAGGAGAAGCUGCAGACGGCGGCCGACUACUACAUACAGGCGGCGAAUGCAUUCAAGAUGCAAAAGUCUGAGAGGGAAGCUGGUCAGACAUUUGAGAAGGCGGCGCAGAUCCAGAACGGCAAGCUGAACGAGCCCGACGACGCGGCCAACACGUACGUCGAUGCCUUCAAGGCCUAUCGCAAGACGAGCCCCGAGGAUGCUGCCAGGUGUGUCGAGAUGGCGAUCGCACAGUACUGCAGAAAGGGCAACUUCAGGCGGGCGGCGACCUUCAAGGAGAACGUGGGCGAGAUGUUUGAGGUCGAGGUCGGAGAUCUGAAAAAGGCCAUGGAGGCGUACGAGGCUGCUGCUGGAUGGUAUGAGGGUGAUGGAGCUGCUGUACUGUCAAACAAGCUUUGGCUCAAGGUGGCCGACAUCGCGGCGCUGGACGCUGACUACUACAAGGCGAUCGAGGCGUACGAAAAGGUCUCGCAGGCGUCCAUCAACAACAACCUGAUGAAGUACUCUGUCAAGGACUACUUCCUCAAGGGUGGUCUGUGCCACCUGGCCACCAAGGACAUGGUCUCGGCGCGCAGGGCGCUGGAGAAGUACACCGAGAUGGACCCGACGUUCCCCAGCACGCGCGAGUACAAGCUACUGGCCGACAUUUGCGAGAGCGUCGAGGGCAACGACAGGGAGAAGUUCGAGGACGACCUGGUUGCGUUUGACCGCAUGACCAAGCUAGACAAGUGGAAGACUACGAUAUUGCUGCGGAUCAAGGAGCAGAUCGAGGAGGCGGAUAAUGAGUUUGCUUGAUUUGUAGGCGUGUUGACAUUAUUUUGUUGAUAUUUAUUUUAUUUGUUUAUUUAGGAAGCCCCCUUAUCAAGCAACUCACCUUUUUCGGGACGCCCCACUCAGUAUAAACAUAGAUGGAAACGUCAGACAGUGGACGUAAAUAAGGUACCAAUAGAAAUUCGCGCCGCCGCCGUGUCAAAGGUGAUUUCACAACCACACAUUGUCACCACCCAAACGUCUAUAUCAACGAUUUGGGCCUAAAGGAGGCUAUUCCCAACCCAAUCACAGCUACAAUCGCGGCCGCACUGCAGCAACGCACUAUGGCCCGAAUAAUUCCCCAACCCACCAGGAGCCAGAGCCUGCCGUUAUCUGUUGGGGAGGUUAUACAAUUUUGAAGCUGGUUCUUUCACCAGAAGACUGUUUGAUAAGGGGGUCAUAAAUAAGAUAAUCGAAGCCGUUAACAUCCUGACAUCUUUAUAUAUAUUCUUCUCCUUCUCCCGGUCCGGCUUAACUUGUAGCGUUGGUGUGAAAACAUUGCACCUUCCACUCUCAUUCUUGACUUGAGCUACAGUUAAGUGUGAUCUUUUUUUUUUUUUUUUUUUUUUUUUUUUUUUUUUUU